GGCGUUUGUGUGCUUUCUACGCGAUCAGAAGUAGCGUUUUGUUUCCAUGUGUUGAUAAUAUAUACUUCUACCCGCGAAGGGGAGAAGAGGAAGUUUACAUUUUCAUCAUCCCCACGUGCCCAAACUCGAGAGGACUCGGGCUGUAGGCUGAUAAGCAGGACCUGCUUUAAAUGUCAUGGUUUAUGUUCUCAAAACUUAUAUUUAUUGUCUUCGUCUAAUGUUCAAGUGCUUUCGAGAAAAAGCGACGCCUAGUGACAAUGUUGCUAAAUAAAUCGCAACAUUUAAUGUAGCUCUACGGUUAUGCACUUAACUAUGGCUUCACCGAAUAAGAAUGGUACUGUUCAGUUACCACUGCUUCUAAAUAAUAUAGAACUUUAAUAUAAUGAUAUAAUAAUAUUUAAUCUAAUAACAAUAGUUUGAUUACUUCAUUACUUUCAUUUGAUUACUUCCACUAGUCUAACCUACAUAGAUGGUAAAUUAGUCACUGUUACUCGAACAACCAAUCAGCGAUGAGCAACGAUCGUUUCUUGCGGAAUAUAGGGAUAAGGUUGUCACAUUUAGGAUCAUACCUAUAAGUGCCGCAUCACACGUAUCAAAUUAAAACAAUUUUUAAAUUUCAUCCGUAAUAGUUCGUUCCUAUCACCGAAAAAUUGCAAAAAAGGAUUUAUAAUUUGUUUGAAUGAUUUUAAAAAUGAAGAAUUUUAAUGUGAUUUAUAGACGUGCAUGUUGAUAUAUUCAAAUUAUAAAUGUCCUAACUAAAUUGUUAUAUUUGAAUUUCUGAUUUCAAUUUAAUUAUUUUAACCUAUGCGCAAAGAGUUAUUUAAAUUGUUUUCAUCAAUUUUUUUAAUAAUUUAUAGUGACAUGCAAACUGUUAAAUAUUGUGCUGAAGUACAUUCGUGUUUUGCAAUAUUUAUAUACUCUAUAUAUCAUAAAACGUUCAUUUCUUAUUUGUAAUAAGGAAUGGAAAAAUCAUUAAAACUAAUAAUACACAGAAGUCAGAUAAUUUUUGAUAAUGUCAGUAUUACUUGGAAUUCUGCGAUUAAAUAUCUGCAUCAAAAUAAUGAAAAAGGAGUUAAAUCAAAACCUAAUAUCCUCGACAAUAAGUUGCAUUAUAAAAUAAUAGCAGUUCCCCUAAAUCAAAGGGGAUUUAAUGCAUAUCUUGUUUCAUUAUAUGUUAACAGUUUGAUAAAGUCAAAUACUUAUCGUAAGACUGCAAUACAGGUUUUAUUGGAACAUUUAUCUUCAAUGACACAUCAAGCAAACUCCAAAUAUAUAAUUUUAAUAAAAUUACGUACACCAAAAAAGCAAUUUCUAGAUUAUAAAUGGAAUGAGAGAAUAACAAAAAUAAUAUUAGAAACAAGAGAAUUAGAUUAUGCUAUGUCAUGGUUAUCUACACUAGGAGGAGCAUUUUCUGCCUUAGGCGAAGAAUUUCAACAUUGUGCUCAGAUGGCAGGAAAAAUUUCAGUAAAACAAUUUCAAUUAGCACUACAUCUUGGAAAUCCCCUUCUCGUUGCUCGUUGUAAAUUAUAUGCAGCCUUAAGUUUGAUACAACAAGGUUAUUUCAAAACACCAAAACAUAUGAUCAAAAAUAUAUACAAACUUGCAGUGGAUCAGAAUGAUACACGUCUGCAAAAUAUGUAUCACUUCUUGAAAGGACUAUUACCAUCACUGAGCAAGAGUACCCAUUGGAUCCCAUGCUGGUAAAGUAACAGGUUCCUGCUCGAAUACAGCUAAAACAUCAGCAGGUACAAAUUUUCUAUCUACGACAGCUUCAAAGACAAACUCUGAAAACCAAUCAGCUGUUAAAAUAUGAUAGCCUUUCUGACCAUGAUCUUCUCCCCAAGAAUUUUCUACUCUGAACUUCUUGAUUUUAUUUUCAUUCUAAAAUUGCAAAAUAUACACUUAUUAAUUUAUAUUUUUACCAUAUAUAAAUAAUCAUAAAAAACUUACAUCAAUAGAUACAGCUGUAAAUGCCAUUGCGUGUAUCAUCAUAGAAUCCCCAUAAAGUAAUCUGUCUGCCUUUGUAAGACCUA